AUGGGCGCCGAAGACUACGAGCCAGUUGGAUAUGGAGAUGAGGCGGCUCCAGGUGCUCCUCCUCCUCCGCCCCCACCGCCGCCUCCGCCGCCUCCGGCAUUGCCUCAACAAACGCCUCGGCCUCUCGGUGGAUCAUUCAUGUCGUCUGUGGUGCCUUGUGAGUUGCGGAAAAGAGAUUUGCAAAUUUGCGGUGAUCAAGUUGACCUUCGAUCCUUCAUAAUGCCAUAAAAAGUUUUACCGGACGAACAGGGGAAGUAGCCCAAGUGCGACGCUCAGAUUUUGAUGAAACUUAGCACAAAUUUCGAAUAAUUUUUUAAAAUAUAUAUGCGAGAAUCCUAGCUCGCGCUUUGCAGAAACACCGAGAUUUUUAGCUCGAAAGUCAACGAAAAUUUGGGACUUUUUGUCGAAUUUCGGCACGAAAAGUUUCAUGCCUAUUUCAACCGUAAAGGAUAAUGUUUCUACAAAAAAUCAAAUUUUUCCGCACGAAACUGCUAAAGUUAUGGCCAGAAAGUGUUUUUCUCUCUGACCGCUCUUUGUGUUUAGCGUACUCUCUCGGCCGCAAAGAUCGUUGAAUAUCUCGGCUUCGCCUUCAAAACGCGAGCUAAAACUUUGAGGAAUUGAUAUUUAGCCUAUGCUCGAAGUGUGUGCAAAAUUUAAAGCAAAUCUGAGCGUCGCACUUGGGGUACUUCCCUUGUAAGUUUCACUAGAUUUCGUCCUAUUUUUUUAUCUUUUUGAUUUUCAGCCUAUGAGCAGGAAGUGACGCCAUGGCGUCGACCUCAACAAAAACCCGUCCGAAGUCCGAAACAACGGAUUGUAAUGAUCGUAUCUGGAAUCCUGUUCGUCCUAUCGGCCGUCAAUUUGUUGGUCAUUGCCGCUCUGUUCGUUGGCCUUUGA